UCUCUUGUUUACAUUUAGAAGGACUCUGCGGCUGUUAGCUAACAGGCUACAACCUCUGUUUAUCGUUAUUACCAAACGUUGAGAAGCAGCACCAUAUUUCGCGAUGCCGCCGAAGAAAAGCAAAAAGGCCGCGGGGAAGGCGAAGUCUUCUGCCGUGGUGGAUGGUCUGUCCACAGACGAGAUGUCCAAGGAUCAGCUGGAGGAGCACAUCAUUCGCCUCCGGGAGGAGCUAGAUCGAGAGCGCGAGGAGCGGAGCUACUUCCAGCUGGAGAGGGACAAGAUCCAGGCCUUCUGGGAAAUCUCCAAGAGGAGCCUGGAGGAGGCGCAGGCCGGGCUGAGGAACAGGCAGCGGGAGAGGGAGGAGGCAGAGGAGCGCCACCGCGUGGAGAUCACAGUGUACAAGCAGAAGUUGAAGCACGUCCUGUCCGAACAACACGACACCGUCUCAGGGCUGAAGACGGACGGCGUGGCCUCCACCGCGCUGCUCCAGCAGCAGCACACCGAGUCAGAGCUCGGGCUGCGGGGAGAAGUGCACGGCCUGCAGGCAGACUGCAGAGAGAAGAAGAUCCACAACGAAAACCGCAUCAAGGAGCUCAAGCUGAAACAUCAGGUGGAGUUAAUGGAGCUGACAAACGAGUACGACAGAAGAAUCCGAGAAAUCGAAUUGAAAUAUCACAAGAAGUGGGAGUCGACGAUCGCAGCAGAGGCCAAGAAGCGUCAAGCUGAGCUCCACGAGAUCGAGGACAGAAUGAAAAGUCGCGUUGUGACUCUGAUGGAAGACCACGACAGAGCUCUCCGAGGCGCCGAGGACUACUACGCUCUCAAACAGGCCAGAGUGCUGAAUGAUCAGAAGGAGCUGAAGGACAAACUCUCAGAGGUGAAGAAGCUGGAGACGCAGACAAACCGAGAGUUUUCAGCAGCCGAGAGGGAGAACAGACGUCUGCGUGCGUCGCUGCAGGAAGCAAAACAGAAGUCGUCCGAGCUCCAGAUACAGCUGCACGAGUACAACCUGCAGAAGGCCAAGAUCCCGGCGAGUAGAGCUCGAGUGAAGGUGAUUGAAAAGGAGCUGAGAGAUCUGACGGUGGAGCACGAGCUGCUGCUGCAGGCCUUCGAGAAGGUUCAGCAGGAGCGCGACGACCUGCUGAGGAGGCAGACGCAGACCGUCCUGGAUGUGCAGCAGAAGAGCGGACUGAAGGAGUUGUUGCUGGAGAGGAAGCUGGCGGCACUGACAGAAGCUGUGGAAAAGAAGGAGGCUCAGCUCUGCGCCGCACUCUCCGCUUCCAACGUCGACCAAACCGCACGCAGCAGCGCCGCAAACAAGCUCGAGGAAAUGUUGCAGUCUAAACAGGUGACCAUCGACGCCCUCCAGUGUGACUUGGAUAGAGAUUGUAAGGAGUAUGACGACAUGCUGCAGACCUGUAAGGAGAAGCUGAAGGCUCAGGGUGUCUCCCUGUACAACUUCCCAUUCAGGCCCUCGGAGCAGAUGGGGCAGAACUCUCCUGGACCGGCCUCCAAACACUGAACACCUCAUUCACCUUCUCUGCUUUACAACCCGACCUACUUUACCCUCAUGUUCAGUUUUCUGAUGAUUUUCUUGAAUGUUUUUAAACUAAUAGAAGUGUACUUUGGUUAUUAACCCUUUAUCAGGCAAAGAACUAUAUUUGGUAACUUCAGGUAAUAUUUCGAGAAAAAAGUUGCAAAUUUACUAGAUUAAAGUGGCAAAUCUACAAGAAAAAAGUAGCAGAUUUAAGAGAUUCAAAGUGGCAAAUCUGAGCUAAAAAAGUAGCAGAUUUACGAGAAAAAAGUGGGAAAAAAACAACUUUUUUCUCCCAGAUUCACCACUUUAACCCUUAAUAGGACACUCAUUGAAAUACUUGCAAAUUCCAAACUUCAACCCUAGAGAAUAUUGGAGGAUAUUACAUACAGCCAGAAUGUGUAAAAAAAGAAGAUUAAAGUGGCAAAUCUAAGAGAAAAAAAUGCGUAGAUUUAUGAGAUUUAAAGUGGUGAA